AUGCCAUUCACCCCAUCAUUCACCCUGCCCUUUAUCCCAGACCCUCUCCUGCCACCAACAUUUGUUUGCUUUCUUUCACAAAGCUCAAUUCCAACACAAGUGAAAAUGUCCUGGGGGACUGCACUUACCCACUUCAAAGUGUCCACCCAGCCUGGUGAUGCUAAAAUUACAUCACUGGAUGCACGAGUGGUCACAUGCAAGGACCACUGGGUGAUCAUGUCACCCAAUGCAGACUUCAUUCUGGAGCCAUACAUUUUUGAAGAAAUCAAUCUUUGUCUGCAUGCUGAUGGUCAGUUUGGCCUUGUCAAUUGCAUCCAAUGGCCUCAAACAUAUGAAAAAAACUAUGAAUAUGCUGUUUGCAUACCUCAAAAAAAUAUGGUCCCUACUCUCAAUAUUGCUUGGUUCACUCCAACAUCCACGGAUUUCAUCCUUCCACUUGGCUCUGUGUAUCCAGUGGGAAUGCUUGAAGAGGCAAAACUUCAGCACAAGCUGCUUGACAUUUAUGCUUUGCUUGAAUACAUUGAGAUCCUCUACCCACUUCUUUCAUCUCCCCACUCAAAACCUGUACAUGCAAACCCCACCUGGAUGGGGUGCUUCACAAAGGAUACUGCCACUUGCAAAGCACUAUAUUUUGCUGGGGUGCCAGUCUGGCUUGUGUGUACCAAGGCAUACAUCUCCCCUGAUCUGAAUAUCAAGGAGCCUGUGAGAUUGACAUUCCCUGAAGACAUAGUGAAAGCUAUGUAUUUGGAAACAGGGGUAGCUAAGCCAUUCCCAUCAAUCUACCAUGGUCCUGGUGGUCUCCUGCGCCACAUUCACACUUGCAGGGACUAUGAGGUUACAUUUGCAGAGCAACCAGAGCCCCUGCAAGAAUCAUUUGCCACAUCCUUGUCAAACCCAUCUUCAAGCACUGGGAAGCAAUCAGUGAAAAAGCAGACAAGGGCUGCCAGGGAACAAGCAACUGCAGGCCCCUCCAGAGCUUCACACCCCAAACAAUCAGGUGGUGGGGACUCAGUGAGGUGGGAAGAGCCUGAUCUUCCAGAAAUUCCCAAGCCCCACAGUCUGUUUGCAUUGGCUUGGAGGAAAGCUUCAAAGGAUAUGUCCAGAGUCAAGUUGGGCAUUGUGGACCCUGGUUAUUGCUUUCCAAAGCCCACACUGUUGGUCAAUAAGAACCCUUCCCCUCAGAUGUGGAGGGACUUCCUCAAUGGUACUGACACAGAAUGCUUGCCCUCUGGCACCCAGAGUGCAUCCAUGAAGUUGGUGGUUCAGGUGAUUUUGGGGGACAUCAUUCAAGCAGCUUAUGAUGAUCCUGUUCAUACAUUGAAAGAGAUUGAGUGGAGGGGAAUGCAGGUCUGGGCUUCGAGCCUUUCAGACCCACCCCUUCAUUUCACAUGCUCCCUUCUAUGGGAACUCUACAAACUCAACUUCCACUAUGAACUUUGUGCACUCGAUCAGGCCCUUGUCCCACAGUGUUGGCCCAAUAGCCUAGACAAGUAUACAUGCCAAUCACUUCUUUGGUCUAUCUUCCCUGGUGGAUGUGGUCUUUCAAUUUGGUUGGCACCUCUUCCUUGGGAGCUGCAUGAUUUGGGGCUGACUGCUAGUGAGAUGGAGGUGGCAUUGCACUAUCUGAACAAGUUCUGUCAGUUGCUAUCUGCAUGGCCAGGAGUGCCCUUUCAUUUGAAGUCCCCAAUUGAGCUGGAUGGCUCUGGAAACCAAGCAGCAUAUGAAGCCUUCAUCUUGGCUUGCAAAUUCUACAUCCAAACUGCAUUUGAUUAUCUUGGGCAUCAACCAUCCCUCCCCCACAUUUUUACCUUUGUCUGCCAUCCUCCACUGCAUAUACUUUUUUUUUCUGUCCAAAUUUGUUUAGUACAACAACAUGUUAUUCACUGA